CAAAACAAAAAACAGAAGGAAAAACAGAGCGAUCCAAUUCGAGACGGCUCUUCCACCCCACCUCCCCUCAGCGCAGCCGCAGCCAUGGCGUCCGCCGAAACCCUAACCCGCUCCCCCUCGCGCGAGCCCUCCUCCGACCCGCCCCGCGCCGCCUCUUCCGAGCCCCACCACAACGGCGACGGCACCGGUGCGGGCGCCGGAGACUCGUCCCGCCGCCGCCGCCGCAGCCGCUGGGAGCAGUCCAACGAUGACUCCGCCGCCAACAACUCCGGCGGCGAGGGCGGGACCGGGGGCCGGAAGCGCAAGACGCGGUGGGCCGAGGAGGAGCCGCGCCCGGCCAUCGCGCUCCCGGACUUCAUGAAGGACUUCGCCGCCGAGAUGGACCCCGAGGUACACGCCCUCAACGCGCGCCUCCUCGAGAUCUCGCGCUUGCUGCAGUCAGGCCUCCCGCUCGACGACCGCCCUGAGGGCGCGCGCUCGCCCUCCCCCGAGCCCGUCUACGACAACCUCGGCAUCCGCAUCAACACCCGCGAAUACCGCGCCAGGGAGCGCCUCAACCGCGAGAGGCAGGAGAUCAUCUCGCAGCUCAUCCGCCGCAACCCCACCUUCAAGCCCCCCUCCGACUACCGCCCACCCAAGCUCCAGAAGAAGCUCUACAUCCCCAUGAAGGAGUACCCCGGCUACAACUUUAUCGGCCUCAUCAUUGGCCCUCGUGGCAACACGCAGAAGCGCAUGGAGAAGGAGACUGGUGCCAAGAUUGUCAUUAGGGGGAAGGGUAGUGUCAAGGAAGGGAAGCUGCUGCAGAAGAGGGACCUCAAGCCGGAUCCCAGCGAGAACGAAGACCUCCACGUGCUUGUUGAGGCAGACACACAGGAGGCACUGGACGCGGCUGCUGGUAUGGUGGAGAAGCUGCUCACCCCGGUGGAUGAGGUGCUCAAUGAGCACAAGCGGCAGCAGCUCCGGGAGCUUGCCGCACUUAAUGGAACAAUUAGGGAUGAUGAGUUUUGUAGGACAUGUGGUGAGGCUGGCCACAGGCAGUAUGCUUGCCCCAACAAGAUGAACACGUUUAAGAGUGAUGUGCAGUGCAAGAUCUGUGGGGAUGGUGGGCACCCGACUAUUGAUUGUCCGGUCAAGGGCACUUCUGGGAAGAAGAUGGACGAUGAAUACCAGAACUUCCUGGCUGAGCUUGGUGGUGGGAGUGCACCUGAGUCCAUGAACAAAUCUGGUGGUCCAAUGUUGGCUCUUACAGGAAGUGGCGGUAGCGGUGGUGCUUCUGCUGGAACUGGGAGUAACCCGCCUUGGCCUUGGUCAACUGGUGGUGGUGUGGCUGCCACUGGGCUCAAUGGUAUCAAGAAAGACUAUGACGAGACAAAUCUGUAUAUUGGCUACCUGCCACCUACAAUGGAUGAUCCUGGAUUAAUCAGUCUGUUUUCGCAAUUUGGGGAUAUUGUCAUGGCUAAGGUGAUCAAGGAUCGAAACACAGGACAGAGUAAAGGAUAUGGAUUUGUCAAGUAUUCAGAUGUGUCACAGGCCAAUGCAGCGAUUGCUGCAAUGAAUGGUCACCAUCUUGAAGGGAGAGUUAUUGCAGUUAGAGUUGCAGGAAAGCCGCCACAGCCGGCACCAGCAGUGUCAGCACCCCCCUCGUAUCCUCCUCCUCCUACGGAUCCUACUUCAGGUGGCUAUUCCUCCCAGUCCUACAUGAGAGCACCACCGCCACCUCCUCCAGGGAGUUACGCUCCAGUUCCUUGGGGGCAGCCACCACCAUAUGCUUCAUAUCCUCCGCCACCACCAGGCUCUAGCGUCUACAAUCCUGCACCCCCUGCACCAGGUCAAGCUGCCCCACCUCCAUAUGGGGUGCAGUAUCCACCACCACCACCACCCCCAGCAGCUCCGAUCCCUCCACCAGGCACUACUCCAUCAAGUGAUGGAGCUCAGAACUAUCCCCCUGGUGUAGCACCACCAAGUUCUGGCACACCCACUCACCCUGUUGCAACAUCAGUAUAUGCAUCAUCAGGCGCACCAAAUGCACCAUCGAUGUACCCUCCACCACCUUAUAGUUAUUCCCCAUACUAUCCUCCACCAUUUCAGCCACCACCUCCACCACCACCGGUUAGUGUUGAUCCCUCUCAGAGUAUUGCAACUGCACCUUGGGCUACACACAGUGCAGUGCCGCCACCGCCACCACCUUUGUCCUCCUCAACCGACCAGCCUACUGCUUCCUAUGGUGCCGAUGCAGAGUAUGACAAGUUUAUGUCAGAGAUGAAGUGAUAUGGGCAAAGCUGGUGAUUAUUCCAAUGAAGGGCAAAAGGCUUGAUAUUUCUUGGAGCUUAUACCAGCCUGAUUUAUUUCUUGUUGGAAGUUUGGGACUCACAUCUUAACCUUGCUGUGUGCUGUUGUGACCAUUGCAGAGGUUGCAUGCUUAAGAAGGCAUCAAGCAUUACUGGCUCAGCUGGCAUCGGAAUAUUUGCUUCUCUCUUUGAACUAUUUUAAGGAACCUUUUACUAAUGCUUUUGUUAUGAUAUCUAUUCUUGUUAUUAUUUGAGAUUACCCUGUGAUGUCACUUCAAUGCUAUGUUCUUUGUGACAGUGUGUUAAUCUCACUUUAUUAUUCAUAAUAUUGUUCAUCUUGAUUUAGUAGUGCUAGCAGUCCUCUCCAUCUGGAGCAGAGAAGCUUGCUGCCCCGUGCUGGUUGGUAUAACUUCAAAAAUUAAAAUGCAUGUUUGGUAUCUUCUGAUGAAUCUGUCAUGCUUUUCUAUCUUACGUCUUCACCUAAGUUGUUUGGCAGUUGUCGUGACAGCUUGGCACAGGCAGCCAGAGUUUUUAGUACUUGAUGAAUAUCAGGUAUAAUGGAGUUGCUGUGAAUUGUUCUGUGGGCCUAAUGUUUUCAUUUGGUUUCUGCACACUUUUCUACUGACAAACAGUAACUGGUAACCUAUCAGCUUCAAGACAGUUACUUGUCUGACAUAAUUCAUAUCUUCUUUGAAGUUUAAUCUCUGGUCUUUACCUGUUGAGUUGUCUCAGUGUGAGGCUUCGAGGACCUAACAUACCAUUUACUGAAGUCAUUGCUGAGUAUCUUAAUUUGUCUAUAUGGUUGACCCUCCUCCAUAGUAGUAUCCAGAGUAUUCCAUAAGUCUGUUAAUGCUUUUACAAGGUUUUGGAGCUACAAACUAAUUACAAGGUUUGGGAGCUACAAAAUAAUACCUGCAUUAGUAAUAAUAUAUUUCCUGUUAGAACUAGCAAUAGGAAUAACUUGCUAAUGCUAACAUUAUUAAUGCAGUUCAAGAUUCUCUCUCUUUCGCAUGGUAUAUUUCCUGUUAGAACUAGCAAUAGGAAUAACUUGCUAAUGCUAACAUUGUUAAUGAGUUUAAAGGUGAUAAUUUUUGUAAGAAGGCCAAUGAAGUAUCUUCUGGAUGCAUUAUGCCAUUUUUCUUUAUGCUAUUCUUGAACUAAGUAUGCUAUUAGGUUGUUUUAUUGAAGCAAGUAGGCACAUGAAGACUUUGGCAGGGCAGCACCGGGAGCUUUCUCAGUAAUCUUGAGUGAUCCCAUCUCAAGUACCUGACAAACUCAGCAGAUAUUGCUGGGCUGAAUUCAGCUGUGCGCGGUACAUUGCAUGCUUAGAGGUGGCCGUGGAGGGCACAGUCAUGAGUCAUGCAGUAGUACUGGUAAUAACUAUAUCAGCCCUCUCUGCCAAUUGACUGGUCCUGCUGUUACUGGUGGCUUAUUUGCAGCGCAAAAUAGUGUUUUUAAUCGCUUUUGACCUAGUACGUGUGAUUGCUCAGUCGCAUGGUAAUCGGUAACCACUCUGAUUCCAUUUUUUGUAAUAACAAUGGGACCUAUUUUGAGUCUCUAUCGCAGGGGCCCACGUCGGCACGUGCUUCACCUUCACGUGGGUUCACCGUGUGAUAUACUGACAGAAAUGAUCAAAAUGCAUGCAUGUCUCUGGA